GAUUUUCUCUUAUUCUGUCUUUUUCUUUUUCUCAUGUAACUUAUUUUUAUUUUAUUCUUUUUUUUGAUUUAAUUUAAUUCUCUAAUUAAUUGAACAUUUUCUUCUUAUAAACAAUUUAUUGUUUUCUCUCAAUUUGUGUUCUCUCUCUCUCUCUAUUUUUUAUGUUGUAUUAAAACUCUCUCACUUCCAUUGACAUCACUUGUGUUUCUUUGCCUAACAUAAAACUACCAAUAGUAUUUUUAAUUUUCUUUUUCGAUUCAAUCUAUUCAUUGUUUGGAACUUUUUUUUUGUCAUUUCUAUAAAAAUUAAAUACAAUCAUGUUUUCAAGAGUAACCCCUGAAAAACAAUCAACCACUGGUGUUAGUGGUCUCAAAAUACCAACUAAAAAGGUUCAAUUGACCAAUCUCUCUCAAUUACCGGAUGAUUACUGCCAAACUCCGGGUGGAACAAUGUUUGCAACUACUCCUGGAGGAACCAGAAUUAUUUAUGACCGAAGUUUCCUCCUAAAGAUGAGAAACUCACCCAUUGCAUCAACUCCACCCAAAAAUCUUCCCUACAUAGCUGGUGUUACAACGGGUAUUUCACCUGAAAGCCUAAAGGAAAAUAAAUCACCAUUUAAACCCUCAUCUUUAAUAAAAUCUGAGCAAUCAGCAACAAUUCAGAAAAAGAUUGAGCAAUCUAAAGCAACAUCACCAACACCAUCAACCGUAACAACAACAAAAACAACAACAACAACAACAACCCUGCAACUA